AUGAGCGAUGUCUCCAUUGUCAAAUGCACUUUUCCCCAAAUUAGGGUUCCCAAUUUUGAUCCUAACCUCCUCUCUGGAAAUGGUGGAUUGAUAUGUUUAGAAUCCGAAAAUGACGAGCCGGAAAGUGCAAAAAAUUGCACGGAGAAGACAACUAUGGAUGCGAGUAAUGAUGACGUGGAGGAGAGAGGAUGGAGUACGUCAACCAAAUUUGGCUCCGUCGAUUGUCUUGCAGAUGCUAAUAUAAAUCAAAUGUCUAAGGGCACUUCUUCACAACCAAGUCUCCCGCAAGAUAAUGCCUAUCAGAUAGAUGAUUGUCCCAAUGAAGAAAAUUGGAGCAUGGAGCAGAUGGCUAACACAACGAAACAGAAAAGGAAAACUAAAGUUAACUCUGACAAGGAAAAUCAUAUAGAUGAAGCAGUGGGAAAGAAGAAUACAAAAACAGAGGAAAGAAUUCGCUUAAUGGAAGAAAAGAAGCUAAAGAAAGAAGCAAAGAAGUUGCAGAAAGCAGCUCUGAAGGCUCAAGCGGCAGAGUUGAAAAAAAUGGAGAAAGAAAUGCAAAAGUGGGAAAAAGGGAAGUUAGCCCUAAAUUCUAUUGUUGCUGAAUUUGACACUAGAGUAAUUGAACAUGGUUCUGUGGGAGGACUUCUGCUUACCAAGUUUGCUGAUAAGGGCCUUACGUAUCGCGUAACAUCAAAUCCAAUUGAAAGAUCUAUUCUGUGGACCAUGAGUGCUCCAGAACAUGUUUCUCAGCUUUCUCCUGAAGGAACCGAGAUUCGAUAUGUGGCCCUUGUAUAUGAGGCUGAAGAGUUCUGCAAUCUUGUCAUGAGUGAAUCACUCCUGGAUCAUGUGUCUUUGGUUCGUAGCCGUUAUCCAUCUCAUACAAUUUGCUAUCUCACAAUUAAGUUGAUGGCUUAUGUCAAUAAAAGCAUUGUAUUGCAUUCUAACUUGGAUGUUGACAAUGUCUUAGGGGAAAAGAGCAGUACAAGCAGCAGGAAAAUGAUGUUGGAUGGAGAUGUCCAUCUGUUGAAGAGAAAGAAGUUAACACGACUUUCUGUAAAUGCUAAUGGGUCUUUUAUUCCUAAAGAUUUCGUCGACAGAAAUUUAAUAAAAAAGAGUCCAUGGCUAAAAGCUUUGGUAGCUAUCCCAAAGGUGCAGCCACGGUUUGCUACUGCCAUAUGGAAGAAGUACCCUACCAUGAAGUCACUUUUGAAUGUGUACAUGGAUCCUAACAAAUCAGUGCACGAAAAGGAAUUUCUGCUUGAGAAUCUGACAACUGAGGGUUUCCUUGGUGGUGAAAGAAGAGUUGGUCAGAUUUGUUCAAAGCGAGUCUACAGAAUACUUAUGGCCCAAAGUGGAAACAUUAAGACUGAUAGCGUUGAAGAUGUAGAAGUUAAGCCAUGGCCUGCUCUUGGUGCUCGUUUUGAUCUAAUGGAGAAGAGCAAAUCAUUUUCUGGUUGCUCAAAUGCCUACUCAGAAAUCCGGCUAGGGUUCGAGGACCGGUCUAAAUCUUACAGCUUUAAUGGUCCCACAGGCAGAGUGGAAGAACUAGAAAGUUCAGGCAACCCGGAGAUGAAGAGGAGGAAGAGAGUGGCCCAGUAUAAUAUGUACACCAUGGAAGGUAAGAUCAAAUCGUCGUUGAGAAACAGCUUCAAGUGGAUCAAGAGCAAGUUCGUAGAUGACUAUUUUGAUGCCUGA